GGCGCUGCCUGGCGCUGGCUGCUCCCCGGGGCUGGCCCCGACGGCUCAGAGCGGCCGGCGGGGAUGGAGGGAGCAGCCUCGGCGUCCUGCCGGCUGUCCGGGGGCUGCCAGCCAGCGCUGCCCCGUCCCUGUCCCCUCCUGUAGCGCACAGGGACCCCCCCGAGCCCGGCCGGGCCCUCGUCCCCCCCAGCCGGGGCGCGUCCCAGCGCGAUGGGGAAGCAGAACAGCAAACUGCGGCCGGAGAUGCUGCAGGACCUGCGGGAAAACACCGAGUUCUCCGACCUGGAGCUGCAGGGCUGGUACAAGGGCUUCCUGAAGGACUGUCCCUCGGGCAUGCUGGACGUGGAGGAGUUCAAGAAGAUCUACGCCAACUUCUUCCCCUACGGCGACGCCUCCAAGUUCGCCGAGCACGUUUUCCGCACCUUCGACACCAACGGCGACGGCACCAUCGACUUCAGGGAGUUCAUCAUCGCCCUGAGCGUCACCUCCCGCGGCAAGCUCGAGCAGAAGCUCAUGUGGGCCUUCAGCAUGUACGACCUGGAUGGCAACGGCUACAUCAGCCGGGAGGAGAUGCUGGAGAUCGUGCAGGCCAUCUACAAAAUGGUCUCCUCUGUCAUGAACAUGCCUGAAGACGAAUCCACGCCGGAGAAAAGGACGGACAAAAUCUUCCGACAGAUGGAUACUAAUAACGACGGGAAGCUCUCGCUGGAGGAGUUCAUCAGAGGGGCCAAGAGUGACCCGUCCAUCGUGCGCCUGCUGCAGUGUGACCCCAGCGGGGCCAUGCAGUUCUGAGCCCCACGGAUCCCCCCGAGCCCCCCCUGCCACCCCCGACCCCGCAGAUGGUCACUGUCCCUUGCCCAGCCCCUGCAGUCCCCGCUGUGCCCCCACAGCCCCUCGGGGGAUGAGAGCUGGAGCCCGGCUGGUAUCGGGGUGAGGGGGGUCUGGGGGACAGUCCCCAUCCCCGGGGGACAGUCCCAAACCCCGGGGGACAGUCCCAAGCCCCGAGGGACAGUCCCAAACCCCAGGGGACAGUCCCCAUCCCCGGGGGGCUCCUGCACUGGCUUCACUGGUGGGAGGGUGGAGGCAGGCUGUGCCCUGAGCGAGGACAGUCCCCCCAGCACCAGGGCUUGGAGCAGGGUGGGACAGGCUGUGGCCAAGCCACUGCUGCAGGCGUGGGGACACAGCCUAGGGGACAAAGCCCCCGUGGCUGGGGGGUCCCCAGCACCCAGCCCCACACGGGCAGGGCUGGGUCAGCCCCUUCCCCACGGCGUGGGGCCGUGCUUCUGGGCUUUAAUACCUGCAGAAUAAAGUUUGUGUCAGUGCA